UUAAGGUAGUCGCACCGGCUAUUUUUGGGUCAUUUUUAGGCUUUGCAUCUUUGUUGCAAAUGCACCUAUAUAUUUCAAACUUUGUGUAUUAAUAGAAAAUUAACCUAGCUACAGAAAUAUAUAUAUAUUGAAAUCUGAUACCUUUCGGUAAUUGGAUUAUUAGAUUUCCCGCGAAUUUCAUAAAUCUACGUUUUAUUUUUUUGUUGACGUUCAAAAUAUAUAUUUGCGCAUAUUGAAUGUAUAUUCUUAAAAAGCAUCACAAGAAGCAGGUACAAUACCUUGCGACGCGCCGGAUUUUGAAUUCUUUACGAAACACAGAUAAUAAUAAAACAAGAAGAUUUGAUAAGCUAUAAAAAAGCAUCAAUCGAAGUAUAUUUCCAUCGCUAGCUAUCGCACCUUAGUAUGGGUAUAUUAAGAAUAUCUACCAGCUUUGGUGUUGAAAUCUUAAAUAGUCACCGAAAAAAAGCAUAUCAAGUCCAAUAAGGUCUACUGGCGUCUGACAAUUCAUGCUGUGUAUUCCUUUUACGCGACUAAACCGUCCAAAAUAGACAUUUUUCGAACUCAUCCAUGUUGCUCCGCCAUAUUGAACAAAAAACUACCUUUCUGGGGUAUACACAGGCUUUUUUACAGCGACAUAUUUUUCCGUUGCUAGGCAAAACCACAAAUUAGGGCGUGAAGUAACAUUUUACUUCCGGUCUUGUCUCUGAGCAUGUGCAAAUAUUAGACUGACGUCAUUUGGUGUUUUCAUGAUGGUCAGCCAUUUUGAAAAUGGGCAAGAAACGUAAAGAAAAAGUCAAAAAAAGUGCUAAAAAGAAAAGUCUAUUUGAAAGAGGAAAAAAAGGAGCACAUAUUAGGGGAGUUGGGGCUGGUUCCAGACGUGAUUUUGAGCUGCCAGUUGGCUGGGAGUCCGAAGUACACGAGUACUCUAAAGGAGAAAAAGAGCAACUGAUAUCGCCUGGGAAGUCAAUCUAUCGAAGCAAUACAAGUGCAAAAGAAGAGAUCAAGAAGCGAGGCUUAUGUAUUGAAGAUUCAUCAGACGAAAGUUCCCUUUCUGAAAUUUCAGAGUACCAACCGAGUCCUGUUAAAAAAACAAAAAAGCCGCUUGUAGUAGCCGAUCGCCCAGUUACAAUUGAGAGACAGUUGUUUGUUUGUGAGUCCACACAAAUACAAGAGUUCGUCGAAAAUUUGAACAAAACUUCACGAUGCUCUACUGAAAAUUGUAAUGGUAUUCUUGUCCCAGCCAAAAUAGAGACUGUUGGUCUAGGAGGGUCUCUAACAAUAGUGUUUCAAUGCACUGGCUGUGAAGGAAGAGACAUAAGUUUCAAUGGAACUUCUAUGGUUGAAAGCUCAAGGAGAACGGUCGUUGGACUUUCAUUGGCGGUUGCAUUUAUAAUUUGUGGCAAUGGUUUUGCAAAAUUUAAGAAAACCCUGAAUCAGUGCUUGGGGAUCCCAGCCAUAUCCAAAAACAGAUUCUAUGAAGUCCUUGGAUUGAUGUAUCCACAUGUAAAUGACAUCCUAUGCGAAAUGUGUAACAGGGAAAAGGAGAACAUGAAAGCCAUUGACAGUGGUACUCUUGGAAGUUGGAAGCGAGCGGUGGUGACUUCUGAUGGUGUGUGGCACACAAGGGGCUAUUUCAGCAAAAACGGCUCUUUCAUAAUCAAGAACUACCUUACCGGUGGACUGUUGUGGUUUGGCCACAAGUGCAUGAAAGGGUCAAAUGAUGAUGAAGAAUUGUAUGAAGGCACUGCAAAGUCCAUGGAAGGAGUCCUUGCAGAAGAGUGCUACAGGCAGUGCAAGGAGGAAGGAGCAGACAUUGCAAUUGUAUGGCAGGAUUCUGAUUCGAGCUCCAAAAACUCUGUGGAAGAAGUUUUGGGGACCAAUCCACAACGAGUAUUCAAGUGUGGGGGGCAUGUAGGACGUGCACAUGCAAACAACUUGAACGACURUGCAAAAAUGAAACAGUUUUCAGCCACUCUAGUAAGCCGUUGGAAAGGGACAUUUCCAGAAAUGGAGGGCUUAAGUUGUCAGUGCAAAAGACACAACMAAUCGUGUGGUUGUUUGUCAAAGCCAUUCAUUCUGAACGCUAAAAUAAACCACUUUUGCUGUUUGCAACAGUGCAAGUUGCCAAAAGAAUAUGCCAGAAGAUURCGUGCACUAUCAAAAUACCACUGCAGAGACAUUCACAAGUGGAAAGGAGGCGAGUGUGGAUUCCAUCCGCAAACAGUGUGUUCUUGUGGGAAAUGUAAAGAAGAUACCUACACAUGUAAGGGAAAGCGAUAUAGCACUUCACAUGUCAUUAAAUGCCCAUUUCACCACAUGGCUUACCGCAUCGAGUGUGAGCUCAGGGCAAAUGAUGCAGACUCAGUCAUACAUCCAGAAAUGGGGCGGGGUCAAUCCAAUCUCUGCGAGGCACACUUUUCGGUUCUGCCCCACUUCCGUCCUAAGAGCCAAAGCCUUAGCAGGUUGCACUACAUAACAUCGACAAACUGUGGCCUUAUACAAGGGAACAUGACCUGGUGUGACAAGAACGCAGGGCAAGACUACCACUGGGUGUYAGACCUUUACGAACGCCUAAAACUGCCAGUCACAUCUUCCGUUAUUACUGCCCUAAAGAAAGCAAACAAGGAUCGCAUGGCUAGUCUGAAGAGAAAAAGUUCUGAAAAGGGAAAGAAGCAAAGAAUUUGCCAGAAGAUAGCAAGAGCAGAGGAACAAGAAGAAAGAAGAAAGUGGACUAAACGCCAGGCGAUCCUGCAUACCUAUGGUGACCCCGACAUUGAAGAUGACGAAGAAGAUGACCGAGCAGUGGUUUCYCAGGCAGAAGACAUCGUGGGAAAUGAAGACACCACUAUUGUCAGUGGAAGAAAGUGCAGGUGUGGAUCCACAGACCACCAAAGAACAAGUCAUAGCUCAUGCACUUUUAAUAAAAAGUCCAAUUGAGUAUUGUGGGCCACCUGACCAUGGUGAGAUCAGACCACYGUAUGUAUAAACAAAUGUUUACAUAAUUAUUUUAGAGAACUGUGAGAAUGUAUGCAUUAUUGUUGUUCAUGAGCGAUCAAAUUUGAGCGUUGUUGCAUCCUGAUGUUAGAUGUUGUUUCAUGAAGUUGAAACCAUUCAAAUUUCAAGUCCUGUGUAAUCACACAAAGCAACAUCCAACAAURUUGUGUGGUUCAUGCAGCAAUAUUGCAUCCCUUUACAUGCUCAUAGUUUGUAUAGGGAAAUGGCUAUGAUGCCUUUUGUUGAUUUUUUUUUCACUUUUUUCAAUUGUGGCAGUGCACAAUCUAUUGUUUACAUUGUUUUAGCCAUACUGGGCACAUCUGAAUGAUCAAAAUGCUCUUCAAAAUGCAAAAAGAUUUUGUCCAAAUAUUGAAAUAUUUCAUAUCAAAAUCUCAUAGAGAGUGUUCAUGUUCCCUCAUUUUUCAAUUUCAACCAUCUCUGAGGGAAAAGACGUGCACGGUCAGGACUGUUUCAAUGUCAAAAUUUUAUACACAAAAAGAUGUAUAAAAGAAGCACAACAAAAGGUUAUGCAUAGCUGCAUGGAAAAGUCCAAGGAUACAUCACCACAAAAUCCUUAUUUUUUUCAUUGCUGUGAACUUUUUUGCAUAUUUGCAGAAACAUUGGUUAUAGUGAAUAACACAAAUGAUAAAAUUCAUUGCUUUUUACUAUUCUUGCACAUACACAAUUUAUCAUACUGUAUUUUUACAAAAACAUUASUUAGUGUAAAUUGAUAAAAAAUGCAUUGUCUUUGCAUACACUUAAUAUUCUUAUUCAAUGUCAUUUCCUAUUACAUUGCUAGUAUUCUUGAACUGCAUAUUUGUGGAAUCAUUACAAAACAAUUGAUAAAAAAUACAUGGUAUUUAUUGUGCCAAAUCAAAUGGAACAUCUCAGUAACAUAUAUGAUUGUUUUGUUUUUUA